ACCAUGGUGACGGGGCUGUGCCCAAGGAGGUUGUGAUGGGUUGACAGGUGCGUGACAAUCGGAGCUCUCUGCAAGCAUGUACGCCAAAGGCAAGAGUAGCAACGUGCCGUCCGACAGCCAAGCCAGAGAAAAGUUAGCUCUGUAUGUGUACGAGUACCUGCUGCAUGUAGGAGCGCAGAAGUCAGCACAGACCUUUCUCUCAGAGAUCCGAUGGGAGAAGAACAUCACAUUAGGAGAACCUCCGGGGUUCCUCCACUCAUGGUGGUGUGUUUUCUGGGACUUGUACUGUGCGGCUCCAGAGAGAAGAGACACAUGUGAACACUCCAGUGAGGCCAAAGCCUUCCAUGACUACAGUGCUGCAGCAGCUCCCAGCCCGGUCCUUGGGAACCUUCCCCCAGGAGAUGGCAUGCCAGUGGGACCAGUCCCUCCAGGGUUCUUUCAGCCGUUUAUGUCACCUCGAUACCCCGGAGGACCCAGACCUCUCAGAUUACCCAAUCAGGGACUUGGAGUCCCAGGCAGCCAGUCCAUGUUACCAAGUGGAAUGGACCCCACAAGACAGCAAGGACAUCCCAGUAUGGGAGGACCAAUGCAGCGGAUGACUCCGCCCAGAGGCAUGGUACCGCUCGGGCCCCAGGUAUGGGACAUGGGCUACGGAGGUGGGAUGAGACCACCACUAAACGCUCUGGUUGGUCCUGGGAUGCCAGGCAUGAACAUGGGACCGGGUGGGGGCAGACCCUGGCCAAAUCCUCCUAACUCCAAUUCGACCCCCUACUCUUCUGCAUCUCCAGGAAGUUAUGUGGGACCUCCCGGAGGAGGGGGGGCACCUGGGACCCCAAUAAUGCCAAGCCCAGCAGAUUCAACCAACUCUGGCGACAACAUGUACACUAUGAUAAACACAGUCCCUCCAGGUGGGAGCCGACCAAACUUCCCUAUGGGUGCAGGUGGCGACGGUCCAUUAGGGGGGAUGGCUGGGAUGGAGCCCCAUCACAUGAAUGGAUCACUAGGGUCAGGUGAUAUGGACAGUCUCCCUAAGAACUCUCCUGGUAACCUCAGUAUGAGUAACCAGCCUGGGACCCCAAGGGAGGAUGGAGAGAUGGGAGGAAACUUCCUAAACCCUUUUCAGAAUGAAAGUUAUUCUCCAAACAUGACGAUGAGCGUGUGAAGGCUCUGAAGCAGGUUUGGUUCAGUCGCCCAUCAUGCUGGGGUGCAUCAGUGAAAAGCAGCGAGACAGGAUGUGAUGUCAUCUAGGCCAGUGACUCUUCCUCCACCACAACCUGCCAUGUCAGGACAGUCGACCCCCCCGCUACACCCUCCUACUAACCCCCAACCCGCCCCUCCAUCGUUUCUGUCCACGUCUCUUCUCUACCGUUUCUUCUCCAGUUUUAAUUGGUGACUCUGCUACAUCCAUCCGUUCUUCCUCUGCAACCAUGAGACUGUACAAAGGAACCAAAUUCAAACCCCUGGAGGAGGACUCUUUGUAUAUUUGCAUACAGCCUGAAUGAGACUGUGCACACACUCCUGUCUGCCUUUUGUUCAUGCCCAAAAUCAAAUCACUAUCCUGUUUAUGCUAAAGUUUCAAAUUUCAAGGAUUUAUGGAAACGUUUUGAUUGAUGGUCAAAUUUAAUCCAAUCUUGAGUCUUUUGUCGACUAAUAACUUGUCCGUCACUGAAAGAGAAUUGGAGAUACAUUUCAAGAACAGUACCACAAGGUUUAUUUAAGGCGUGUGCAGAUAUUUUGUCUUAAUAUUUGGCUUUGUGGUUUUCUUAAUUGUUCAGACCACUUACAUUGUGUUUUAUAUGUUAUACUUUAAUUCGUUUUUUUUUUAUUCUACUUCCAAACUCAGCCACAAUUGUUUAAAAUGUGAGAUCUCUUCAAAAAUCAAAAUGGGAAGUGUGUCGUCAUUGAGAAAAACAUGAAAACCAGUUCCGUUUUAGGCUAGAAGUGAGACUGUUACUUUUGUUGAACACCAGACCAUGUGGGGCUACAGAAACAACAAAUCUAAUCCAAUAAUGGAUUGAGUAAUUCUGAUCGAGAGAGAAAUAUUGUGUCACUUCUUCUUUCCAAAGGUAUGUAAUCUCACUUUAAAUAAGGUCAUGCUGAAUGCUGAGGCAGCAGUAGGGAUAACACUGGGUAAAAUGGUUAUUACCCAAUAAUACAAACCGGUUUUCUUUUUUUGAUAAAGUGAUUCAUCUUUUAUCAUAAGCAAUCAACCUCUGUUGAGAUUCAAAGCGAUGACAGUUUCCUUUUGGAAAUUCUGUUGAGCGCACAGGGCAAUAGUUAGAUUUGUUUUAUUUGACUUUGUUAUAGAACAACUAUGGACACUGAACCUGUGCAUGGAGUCAUGUGAUUUGAUUUUUGUUUGCUGGGGUGAUGGUGAACUGUUAGACGCAAGCUUAUGAAGUCACUCUGGUCACUUGUUCUUUGUUGCCAUCCGGAUUAACUGUGAUCUCAGUGUGAUGUGAAAGGUUGGUUGGUACAGAAAGCUAAAUAAGCUUGUUUUUAAUCAAUGUUUUCAACUUUUUCACCGCCCAAGAUGUGUUAUCAUACAAAAGGUCGAUAUGCCUGUGAACAUUUCCCUCUCCCUACUGCAUAGUGUACAGCUCCCAAAUGUAGCUCCUCUUGUCUUGUAUGUGUAUUUGAUAUUAUUAUUAUUGUUAUUAUUAUUAUUAUUUAAAGAUAUCUGGAGAGAAUUGUUGCAAAACGGAGGGAUGGACUGCUGGUGCACCAUCACAACUAAACAGAAAUAUUUUAUUUAGUCACUUAUGUUAGAUCGAAGCCAUACGUGGGAGUGCAAGAUGAUGCAUUUGUAAAUUGGAUCAUGUUUUCUGUUUCGUGGCAGUAUGUGGGACUCCAUUAGUGAUGUGUUAAUUUUCUCUUUUUUAUUCUUGUAUUAUGUUUUUGUAAAUACACAGAGAAGAAUUUCAUGGGUUUUGAAUAUGCUAGUAUAAAUCUUCUCUUCCCUUA